AUGGACAAACUGAGACUGCCAGACUUCAUAGGAUCGACUCUACACAUCUCGCUGGGCGACAAGAGAGUGCUCACCGGCACGCUGAUGGCGAUGGACUGCCAAUUGAACCUCCUGCUUGAUCACGUGCGGGAGACGAGACUGGACGACGGGAAUCAAAGACUGCUGGGGCUGGUCAGUGUGCCUCGGGCCACGAUCAGCUCGAUCAAGUUGGACCGGGAUACGCUGGAGCAUCUGUGCCGGUUGAGGCAGGAGUUCAUGCGACAAGUCGUGUGA